CGCCGCCGCCUCCCCCCGCCGCGGAGGCACGUGUACUGCACCGUGUACUGCGUGGAGAACGACCACGCUGGGCCGGGACCCCCGCCCGCCGGAGCCCCCGGGGCCCUGCCCCCCGGCCGCGCCCAUGCCGGAGACCCCCUGUCCUCGGGGGGCAGCAUCGAGGUGGACUUUUACCUGCUGCCCGAGCCCUUCUCCGGGCUGAUCGCGGGGGACUUCGGGCCCUUGCUGGUGCUGAGCUGCCGGGUGUGCCUGGAGGAGAAGCCGGUCAAGCCCCUGCCCUGCUGCAAGAAGGCGGUGUGUGAGGAGUGCCUGAAGCGCUACCUGAGUGCCCAGGUGCAGCUGGGACAGGCAGAUAUAAAAUGUCCAAUCACAGAGUGCAGUGAACACCUGGAUGAAACAACUGUCCUCUACAACCUGCCGCAUGAUGACAUCAUCAAGUAUAAAUACUUCCUGGAACUCAGCCGUAUUGACUCCAGCACCAAGCCAUGCCCUCAAUGCAAACAUUUUACCACUUUCAGGAGGCGAGGUCACAUUCCAACCCCUACAAAACUGGAGAACAAAUACAAAAUCCAGUGUCCAACUUGCCAAUUUGUCUGGUGUUUUAAGUGCCACUCUCCCUGGCAUGAAGGUGUUAACUGUAAAGAAUACAAAAAGGGAGACAAGUUGUUGCGUCACUGGGCCAGUGAAAUUGAACAUGGGCAAAGAAAUGCCCAGAAAUGUCCAAAGUGCAAGAUCCACAUCCAGAGAACAGAAGGAUGUGACCACAUGACCUGUUCGCAAUGCAACACUAAUUUCUGUUACCGAUGUGGGGAGAGAUACCGCCAGCUCCGUUUCUUUGGAGAUCACACAUCAAACCUCAGUAUAUUUGGAUGCAAAUAUCGCUACCUCCCUGAGAGACCGCAUUUAAGGAGACUAGUGCGAGGCUCUGUCUGUGCUGGAAAAUUGCUCAUUGCACCCUUAAUACUGGUAUUGGGACUGGCGCUGGGAGCUAUAGCUGUUGUAAUAGGUUUAUUUGUGUUUCCUAUCUAUUGCCUUUGUAAAAAGCAGAGGAAAAGGUCACGGACAGGUAUGCCCUGGUAAGAAUGGACCUUACUCACCUGAACUGAGCUGGUUGUGUAAGGGCAUGUGACAGAGCAAUAUAGUGCUGGUUAACAGCUCUGAAGCCUCAGUUCUGGAAAAAGAACGAGAACUUUCUGCCAUAUUCCCUCCACACAGUACACUACUGCUGACCAGAAUGCCUCUUACAGUGGUGCACUCCAAACAAGAUGGACUCCCCAGCUGCUGCUUUUUAAAUGUUUUUAUUUUAUUUUUAAAGAUUUAGAUCUAAGUUUGUUUCCUGGACAAUCAAAGUCUGUAUUGUAGCCACAACUCUACUGAUUGUCAUGUGAAGAAAGCAUUGUUAACAUUUUCCAUUUCGCUUCUGUAGAGACCUUUCAGGGGAAAUGCCUAGAAGUUUUUGGACUUUUAGUGUACAGCAGUGGUCCCCAACCUUUAGAGGCUCCCGGGCGCCCACGUCCGGGGGCUCGCCAGGGGACUGGGAUUCCCUUGCACCUGGCGCCGGCGUGU